GCGCCGGGCGGCGGCGGCAGGGGCCGGCAGGGGGGCCCGCUUCGCCUCGCGCCCUCCAUGGAGGCAGCUGCCCGCGGCCCCCUCCCCGCCGCCGGCCCCGACGAGGCGGACGAGGCGGUCCGGGGCACGUGCGAGGACGCGUCCGUCUGCAAGCGGUUUGCUGUAAGUGUUGGCUACUGGGAGGACCCUUACAUCCAGUGUUUUGUCAGACAAGCUAAAGAAAGAAAAGCACCUGAAAUCAAUAGAGGUUAUUAUGCUCGUGUUCAUGGGGUCAGUUAUCUGCUUAAGGCCUUUCUAAAGAAAACAGAAUGCAACUGUCAAAUUGUGAAUCUCGGUGCUGGCAUGGAUACCCUCUUCUGGAGAUUAAAGGAUGAAAAUCUUCUCCCUAGAAAAUAUUUUGAAGUGGAUUUUCCAAUGAUAGUUGCAAGAAAAAUACAUAAUAUCAAAUCAAAACCUCCCCUGUCAAAACCUAUUAUAGAAUCCCAUUCAGGGGACUCUCUUCUAAUAGAUUCUCACAGCCUAGACUCCAGUCGUUACUCCAUAAUAGGAGCAGAUCUUCGGUUCUCAUCAGGUCUGGAGGAAAAGCUAAAGAAACAUAACCUGGACAUACAUUUGCCGACGCUUCUGAUAGCAGAGUGUGUGCUGGUUUACAUGACACCCCAACAAUCUGCAAAUCUCCUAAAGUGGGCAGCAAGCACUUUUCCAGUGGCAAUGUUUAUAAAUUAUGAGCAGGUGAAUAUGACGGAUCGGUUUGGACAGAUCAUGAUUGAGAACUUGCAGAGACGACAAUGUAACCUGGCUGGAGUGGAAGUCUGCAGAUCCUUAGAAGCUCAGAGGGAACGAUUGCUGUUAAAUGGCUGGGAAAAUGCACAUGCCAUUGAUAUGAUGAAAGUGUACAGCUUUUUGCCACAGGCUGAUGUCAAAAGAAUAGAAGAACUUGAAUUCCUAGAUGAAAAGGAACUGUUUGAACAACUAAUGCAGCACUACUGCAUCUGCUGGGCCUCAAAAGACAGCAGUAAUCUGGGUCUUGCAGAUAUCACCUUCUAAUGUACUUGCUCAAAGGAAGCCAUGGGCCCAGAAGCCGCAGCUACUGCCUUCUGCUUGAGACGAGAUCACAGAAAUGAUGGGACUCUGCAUGUGCCAAGUUCAGUCUGCUCAUCUGUGUAAGCAGUGCCAGUAAAGAAAACGACUGGUGCUGCUCAUGUUGACUCUCCUGUUGGCUUUUGGUAGUUUUAACAAUUUUUUUUGGCCCAUUGUGAGCAAUUGUUAUGAAGCAAGACUCACUUCCCAUUCCUGGAUAUCUCUAAUGACAGACUUUUAUAAGAUGUUGGUAAUUCCUGUUUAAAAGCUCACCUUCCUUAGUUUAAAACAGAAAGUAAAGUGUUCUUGGAUUAUAUUAUUCCCCUCUUUCAUCUUUUUGUGGAUGUGUAAAUUGUAUUUGUGACAGGAAGCUGAAAAAAAAAGUUGGUGAGCUGCAUUACUGGAUACCUCUUUGCACUGUGCACGGCUGAUCAUGAAAGUUAAUUUUUGUUCAUUUUCGUUCUGUUCAGGUUUAACUUUUAUGAAGUGUUACCCUAUUAGCUUUCUCCAGGCUUUUACUGUUGCUACGAGGCUGUCAUUAUAUUUGAUCUGUUUUCGUAUGGGAAGGGAGAAAGAAGAAGAAAAGGGACCGUGAUUCUUGUUCAGCGAUGUACAAGAAACUGGUAAAGCAGACUUUAUUUAACUGGAUAAGACUUAGCUUGGCUGGUCAGCAUGGGAAUUGUAAUGGUAAGAAAGAAAUUAAUCUACAUUUGAACUGUUUCUGGCAGUAUCUUUACGCCAGUGUCUCAUUCUUCUUUCUUUCCCCUUAAAAGAAAUGAGGAAAAUCCCAGCAGCAACAAAACAAACAAACCUGCCCUAUUGUUUGGAAUUGAAUCUUGCAACCUUCUGAUGAGAAAAAUAAUAAAUGUUUAAUAUUUA